AUGGCCGAAAAAUCCACUUUCCCCAUUCAAUUCCCCCACCUUACCAAAACCAAUUAUAAAAAUUGGUGCAUCCGUAUGAGAGCCUUGCUGGGAUCCCAAGAUGCUUGGGAUAUUGCCGAAAAAGGCUACGAGAUUCCCGUGGAGGAUUCUCGAUUAUCUCCUGCUGAAAAGGAGGUGUUGAGAAAGAAUCGAAAGAGUGAUCAAAAAGCACUCACUCUUAUUCAUCAAUGUCUUGAUGAAUCCAUGUUCGACCAAGUAGCAGAUGCUACCACAACAAAGGAAGCAUGGGAGAUUCUGCAAAAGGAAAUGCAAGGCGUAGAACCAGUGAAGAAGGUUCGACUUCAGACACUAAGGGGAGAUUUUGAAGCUAUUAAAAUGAAGGAAGGUGAAUCUGUUUCAGAUUACACCGCCCGUGUGAAGUCAAUCGUCAGCAAACUGAAGCAGUAUGGGGAGAAAAUUGAAGAGACCAAAGUGGUGGAGAAAAUUCUAAGGUCAUUAUUACCAAAGUUUGAUUAUGUGGUGGUGGCCAUGGAAGAAGCUAAGGACGUAUCAAAAAUAACGGUUGAUGAAGUCAUCAGUUCAUUACAAGCCAGAGAAGAAAGACUAAAUAAAAUAAAUGAAGAAUCAUCAGAACAAGUGUUAGCUACAAAAGCUACCACUGAGGAGAAAGAAGGUGCCCGAGGAGGAGGUCAGUACAGAGGUCGAGGCAGGGGCAACUACAGAGACAGUGGAAGAGCCCGAGGAGCAUAUCAAAGCAGAGACGGAGGAAAUUUCACCACGAACAAUUAUGAAACGUCCACCAGAGGCAGAGGUCGUGGACGUGGAAGAGGAAGUUGGAGAUCAAAUGAAGGUCGUGAUAAAUCCAACGUCUAG